AUGACGACCAGUAAAUGUUUGCUCUUCUUCACAAACAGUGACUAUGGCCAAGCCAAUGUCGUGCUUGCGACAGCACAUGCAAUCGGCCUCGAAAACCCAAAUGUCGAAAUCCACAUCGCUUCGUUCCAAGAACUGGAAGCUGGAGUCAACGAUGCUUCCAAAUUUAUGCAAACGUCAGCAUCGCAGCAAAAACUACCAACCCCGAAAUCCUUCAUCUUCCACAAGAUAGAAGGGAUCAGCUGGGGACCGGCUACGAAACGCCCUGGGACGGCAAUUUUCGACACGCUGGAGUUGACACCAGGAUUUGUGAACUCGGCGAAAGGUGUGGCUACUCUGCCCGCUGUCAUGGUUCCUUGGACUCCGGAGGAGUAUAUGGAGAUUUAUUGGGACACACAAAGAGUCUACGAUGAAAUCAAUCCGGAUUUGACCAUUGUUGAGCCUCUAUAUACGCACGGCUUGACAUUCUGUCAUUACCGAGGUGUGCGAUGGAUGGUCCUUUCUCCAAACACUAUCAAAGAGUUUGCGGUACCUCUUCAGCCCAAGUUGGCUGCGCUGUGGAAAUACCCAAUGGCCUGCUCAGCACUACCGUAUCCUAUACCGUGGAGUCUCAUCCCGACAAACAUCGCUUUCAGUCUGGUAGCCGGCUAUACUCUGCUCACAAACACACGCUUGAAGAAUGCAACCGAGAUUCUACGCAAAAAAGUGAAUCCUUCUAUUCAACUUAUGACAAUGAUGGAGCUUGGUGUCUUAAAACCAGCACCAGCGAAUCUAUCUAUUCUCGUCGCCAAUAGCCCCGACAUUGACUACCCAUUCACUGUAAUACCCCCGCAACUCACAUCGUGUGGUCCCAUCGUACGUGCAGCGCCGCAUAUUCGAGAGGUUGAUCCGGAUUUGGCCACAUGGCUCAGUCAGGGACCAACGAUCUACAGCAACUUGGGCACACAUCACAAGUCGAGUCCAGAUGAAGCACAUGAAAUGGCCAAAGCUUUGAAGAAAGUUCUUGACAAAGGCGAUGCACAGAGGCCUAAAGAGAGACCUCUCCAGCUUCUCUGGAAGCUGGGAAGAAUCCCGGAUAAAGAAGGAAACCCUCCACUACAAGACUCAUACAAUGGAGUGUGGGCUCCAGUGCUUGAUGAACUACAGGUAUACAUCAAACAGGGUAGAGUGCGCAUCACAGAUUGGCUUGUUGCCGAACCAAAGUCUGUGAUCGAGUCUAAAAACAUUGUAUGCUUCGUCAACCAUGGCGGAGCUAAUUCCUUCCACGAAGGGCUAUGUGCUGGGAUCCCGCAGGUUCUCUUGCCCGCUUGGACAGACUGCUACGACUUUGCUAACAGAGUUGAGCUUCUUGGUAUUGGUCGUUGGGGGAACAAGAAAGCGAAGCCACGUUGGGAGAAAGAUGAACUCUUCGACGCUAUUGCUGACACAAUCUUUGGACCAGAGUCAGCACAGAUACAAAAGACGGCUAGGGAGGUCGCUGCUUGUCAUCCAGAGUGGGAAGGUCGACAGAAGGCUGCCAAAGAGAUCAUUGACUAUCUCACAUGCACUCAGUGA